GCACACGGCUGCGCGUGCGGUGCUUUGCCAACUCGCGCCGCGCAGAGGCGAGCAGGGCGCUGCAGGGGUGCUGCCUGUAUGGCUGAGCGGCGACGCUACGCCGGCCGGCGAAGCAAAGGUUGGUUACUUGGUGGUCCACUGGUCGCCUUGAUGAAAUCACCCGAGCGGUGCCGAGGCGCGCGCGCUAGGUGCUCACAAAGGCUGUGAGAGCUGCUGCCAAGCUGGGAGAGCAGCUCCCUCAACGCAGAAAACGCAUGAUUUUCCGAAGCCUGCGACGAUUCAUGGCGACGAAAGCAGCGGUAACACGUCACGACCUGCACGCCUUCCUGCAGCAGCCAGCCACCGCCAACCAGUCCCUCGUCGUGCUGAACUCGGAGUCCUGCGGCGCGCCGCUGCUCGAAAAGCUCUGGGAUGCGAGCGACUACGUGUGCUGCGCCGACGGCGGCGCGAACCGCGCGCACGAUUUACUGGGCGCGGACCGCGCGCCCGACGCCGUGGUCGGCGACCUCGACAGCGCGCGCGCCGACGUCCUGGCGGCCUACGAGUCCAGGGGCUGCGCCAUCCACCGCGUCGAGGACCAGGACUCGAACGACCUCUCGAAGGCCCUCGCGCACGUCGGUCGACGAUGGGACGCCGCGGGCGUCUCGGACGGCGUCGUGCGCGUCGCCGGCGCGUUUGGGGACCGCUUCGACCACGAGCUCGCCGCCGUCGACGCGCUCUACCGCUUCGGGGCGCAGCGGCCAAAGGCGCGUUGCGUCUUGCACGGCGACCGCACGGCCGCGAUCCUGCUCGGCGCCGGCGCGCACGAGAUCCGCGUACGACGGGAUGUGGAGGGCCCGCACUGCGGCCUGAUACCCGUCGGCGGCGCGGUCCAACGCGUCACGACGACAGGAUUGACGUGGAACCUCUCCGGUCAACGCCUCGCGUUCGGCGAGUUGGUGUCGUCCUCGAACCUGCUGCAGGACGAUCUCGUAUCUAUCGAGACGUCGGACCCCGUCCUGUGGACGGUCGAAGUGUGUGUAAGGAUAACUUAG